CCACUCUCUCCACUAUAUAAAACUCCCAACACCAACUCUCAUUUUGCUCUCACCCUCAGAUUCAUAUUGUUCGUUAGAUCUAUCUCUCUUUUUUCCCGGAAAAUUUUAGCGCUUUCCCGGAAAAUCUUCGUUUUCCUGGCGGCUUUUUGAGAACUCAAGUGGGCGUCGUGGAAAUGGCCGAAGAGUCGCAGAAAUGGGUGCUGAUGGUGACGGCGCAGACGCCCACCAACAUCGCCGUGAUCAAGUACUGGGGGAAGAGGGACGAGACGCUCAUAUUGCCGGUCAAUGACAGCAUCAGCGUGACGCUUGAUCCGGAGCACCUCUGCACCACCACUACUGUCUCCGUCAGUCCCGCCUUUGACCAGGAUCGGAUGUGGCUCAAUGGAAAGGAGAUUUCUCUUUCUGGAGGCAGAUUCCAGAGCUGUUUAAGAGAAAUUCGUAGUCGAGCUACUGAUGUUCAUGAUAAGGAAAAGGGAAUCAAGAUUACUAAGAAGGAUUGGGAGAAAUUGAAUGUACAUAUUGCUUCAUACAACAAUUUUCCUACUGCUGCUGGAUUGGCUUCCUCGGCAGCUGGUUUUGCUUGUCUUGUUUUUGCCCUCGCAAAGUUAAUGAAUGCGAAUGAAGAUCACAGCCAGCUUUCUGCUAUUGCAAGGCGAGGUUCGGGCAGUGCUUGUCGCAGUUUGUAUGGGGGAUUUGUCAAGUGGAUCAUGGGAAAAGAUGAGAAGGGAACCGACAGUCUUGCAGUUCAACUCGCAGACGAGAAGCACUGGGAUGAGCUUGUCAUUGUUAUUGCUGUGGUAAGUUCACAGCAGAAGGAAACGAGUAGCACUACAGGAAUGCGUGAUACUGUUGAAACAAGUUUGCUCUUACAACAUAGAGCGAAGGAAGUGGUACCCAAACGUAUAUUAAAAAUGGAAGAAGCCAUAAAAAAUCGUGAUUUUGCUUCUUUUGCACAACUGGCCUGUACUGACAGUAACCAGUUUCAUGCUGUUUGCCUCGACACAUGUCCGCCCAUAUUCUACAUGAAUGAUACAUCCCACAGGAUAAUCAGCCUUGUUGAAAAGUGGAACUGUGCAGCAGGAACGCCUCAGGUGGCGUAUACAUUUGAUGCGGGGCCGAAUGCGGUUCUAAUCGCACGUAACCGAGAAACAGCUGCCCUUUUGGUUCAGAAGCUGCUAUUCUGCUUUCCUCCAAAAUCUGAUGCAGAUUUGAACAGUUUCGUUCUUGGUGAUAAGUCCAUUCUGAAAGAUGCUGGGGUUGAGAGCCUGGAGGCUAUCGAAAGUUUGCCUGCACCUCCAGAAAUCAAGGAUCCAUCCCAGAGGCACAGAGGAGAUGUUAGUUACUUUAUUUGCACAAGACCUGGGAGAGGUCCAGUUGUGCUGUCAGAUGAAAGUCAAUUUCUUCUCAACCCUGAAACUGGGUUGCCGAAGUAAGUUGAGAAGAUUUCUCUUUUCUUUCACGGUGUUCUGUUCUUUCUCAGGACGAUUCAAAUGGCUGUAUGAGCCUGAAGUAGUUCGUUCAGAUGAUCCUUUUAGGCUGAACCCAAGAAUUGCCUUAAAAUGAUUAUCCGAGUUCAUCUCAGUUAAGACAGUUUCUGUUGCUUGUUUCAUGUAUCUUUAAUUUACUUUUUGCUCUUUUAAUCCAGUUAUGGUCUUUGUGCUCAUUUUCUUUGACACAUUAACGAAUAAAUUGUCUAUUGUUCAUCAGAAAGUGUGGCAUUGUGAUAACUAUUAGCAAUUCAUUCCCGUUCUCUA